UUCAGUAAGAUAUCGACGUUUCAACGAAGUGUAUCGAUUUUAUAGAAUUAUUAUACUUACACUAAAGUGAAGACGCUAUUUGUCCUCUAAGCGAACCAAACAUGUCGACGAUACCUGACUCAUUUUGCUGUCCAAUUACUCUUGCCUUAAUGGACGAUCCUGUUUGUGACAAAGAAGGGAAUUCCUACGAGAAAUCAGCUAUUUUGGAUUGGAUCAGUAGACACGGCUGCUCACCCAUCACACGAUCUCCAAUGGAAGCAACUGAUCUUGUACCAAACCGAGCAUUGAAAGAUAUGAUUUUGGAAUACUUUAAGAAGCCAACACCACCUAAAGUCGUUGCAACUGAUUCGUCUCAAAACAUUGAUCCAGACAACAUCGAAAUGCGAACAUUCGUUGACAAAUCAAAGAUGCUAAUUACCAUAGACCCAGGUAAUUCGCAGGUGAGAACGUUUCUCGAUGUGUCUUGUGUGAUUGAUGUGUCUGGAUCGAUGGACUGUGAAGCUACACUUGUAGGCGAAAAUAACCAGCGUGAAUCGUUCGGACUUACGGUACUGGACAUUGUAAAACAUGCUGUUACAACGGUUAUAACAUCACUGAGCUCAAAUGAUCGUUUAGCAAUAGUCACGUUUUCCGAUUCAGCACAAAUAGUGCUACCGCUCACCCAUAUGGACGAACGUGGACAAAAUGCAGCUAUAACGAUCUUGAAAGGAUUACGCUCAGAUGCUAGCACUAAUCUUUGGGCUGGUCUAGAAAAAGGACUGGACGUUUUGAAUACGAAUGACGACAAAAGUGAAUAUAAUCGGAUCUCUACAGUCAUGUUAUUUACUGACGGCGAGCCGAAUAUAAUUCCACCACGGGGACAUCUACCAAUGCUUCAAAUGUACAAGGAUCGGCUCGGAGCUCUUCCGGGAAUUAUCAAUACAUUUGGAUUCGGUUACAAUUUGGACAGUGAAUUGUUGAAUAGCUUGGCGAAAGCUGGUCAAGGAGGCUAUUUUUUCAUUCCGGACUGCAGUUUCGUCGGUACAAUAUUUGUGCAUGCAAUUGCUAAUCUGAAGGUCACAAUUGCAAAUACUUGUCGACUCACAAUUGAACCUUUGAAUGGGACUGUAUUUGUGGAUCCGGGUAAAGAUUUGGGUGAAUAUUUAACCGCCUCCGAUACUUGGGGAAUCACAGUUGAUAUCGGAUCGAUUCAAACUGGCCAAACGAAAGACAUUUUACUUCAGAUGAGUAAUCUACCACAAAAAGGCACCGUGUGUGCAUUGAUCAAUCUGAAUACUAAAACUCGAACCAAUAACCUGCUUACCUUGUCAGCGGAAUGUGAUUCAUCCUCAUCGAAUGAUCGUAUCCUACCAACUUACUAUCGAUACAAAUUCGUUGAUGUUAUGAAAAAUGCCAUGAGAUUGGUGGCUGAUGGGGGCGAUUUCGUAUUGGAGGCGAAUACAUUGGUACAGAAUUUGAUCAAGGAAAUAGAAAAUUCGCCUUCCCAUGAGGAAAGUUCCGCACUCUUACAGGAUAUAAAGGGCCAAGUAUUGGAAGCCAUUAAACCAGAUUAUUUCCGAAGAUGGGGACGUCACUAUCUGCCAUCGUUAAUGUAUGCUCACAUUUAUCAAGUCUGUAAUAAUUUCAAAGAUAUUGGGCCUCAGGUAUAUGGUGGUUCAUUAUUUAAGCUGUUACGAGACGAAGCUGACACUCUAUUUUCGAAUCUACCUCCGCCAAAACCAUCUCAGAAUGUUACUCUAUUAUCUGGUCCGCUGGUUCAGCAACAGCAACUGUCGAAUGUUAGAUCAAAGUUUUCAAUGCGACUGUUUAACAGUUCCAGAAACGUUUGCUUCCAUGGAAAUGGUAUGGUUCGACUGUUCGGUGGUAAAACGAAGAAGGUAGAAUCAAUAGUCAAAGGAGACAGAGUUGAAUCUAUGAAUGGAACAGUAGCUACGGUCAUUUGUGUGAUUGAAACAAAAGUUGCCGAGGGAAUCACGCAACUAUCAAACUGUAAAUCCGAAAAUGGCUUGUCUACUUUGCUCAUAACACCCUGGCAUCCGAUUCGACUGAGCCAGUCGCAAGACUGGAUUUUUCCAAUAUCAAUUGCAGAGCCGAAAUCCGUACAGUGCGGAGCAGUAUACAAUUUUGUUUUGGAUGGACAACAUAUCGUCAAUGUUGAUGGCAUUGAUUGCGUUACCCUGGGACAUUCGUUCGUUGAUUCAGUAUGUGCUCAUGAAUAUUUCGGUACAGAACGUGUGAUCAGUGACUUAAAAGCCAUGAGAGGAUACUCAAAUGGUUUGGUACGAUUGAGUGGAGUGCAGAGAGAUCCAAUUACAUCUAAAGUAGUUGGUAUCAUUGAAGGCUGAACAAUUAUGACAAAAAAUAUUCGAUAAACUUUAGGUUUUAUAGCAAAGUGUAUGUUUAACCUGAAUAUUUUGCAGCAUAGCUCUGCUUCUAGCAGUUCUAGCAUUAAUCUAAGAAAUAUUUGGAGGCUUAUGCAUCCUAAGAUAGGAGUCAUACAUAUUUGAAAAUUUAAAGGUUUUUGGAAAAAUAAGUGUUCGUGCUAGAAGCAGUGCUAUGUUUGAAGACAAAAUAUUCAUUGGUCAUUGACCCGAUGAAGUAAUAAAUUAAAUUUUCUGACAUUUAAGU